UAUUUUAGGCUUUCUACCUGUAAAUAUCAGACCUAAACGUUUUACUCGGCGAAAACCACAAUUUGAACCCGGCACGGAGAAACGGGCACAAAUAAAAUGACUAAUAAACUAAAAUUAUUCGCAUAAACAGUACAUUUCUUUACUUUCGCCAUCUUCGCGCGAACCUAACAGUUAUUUAGUCGGCCAAAAGCCUGCGCGCGCAUCAGACGCUGACGUUUUACUUCGCGGCAAUUUUAUUCUUUUUUCAAAAAAGCGCGUUUGAAUUAAACAAAAAAAAGUGUAGUGAUGUGACAGUUAGUUACCGAUUCAGUGACUUUCUCAUUGUUAAACUGCCCCAGUUCUCGGAUUAAAAAGUUUGCAAGAUGUUCCACUACGAAUACGAGAAGCGCCCGCCUUCGGCGUCCUCCUGCGCAAGCCGCGCCACGACCACCACCGAAUACAGCCGAUCUUGCCCCAGCGAGUACCGACGAGCGAUGCCGAGUAUAGAGCGAGCGAGACGACCAUUACCGCCAACACCGAGCCCUUGUAGACUGCCUACAAAGACCUCGGUGCCGCUGAAGGUGUGGGUUAUAGCAAGUGCCUCCUGCUUCGCGGUGUGCGCUGUGUUGGUACUUGCCACCGUGGUUGUCACUCGAUGGGGCUAUGGGCAUCAGGUCUACGAGUCUCCGGAACCAAUAUAUUCUCAACCAAUCCUCCAGCCGAGAAAGCUACCAUCAACUAUCGAAUCAGACCUGUCCAACAUUGACAACGACAGUUCAGAAGAACUAGAAAAUGAUAUCCAAUUCCCGAUCCUAGAAAAGUUAUCCAUAUUCAAAAACAUAGUUGCGAAUAGAGAUAAGAAAAAAAACCAUAGUCUCCUAACAAAACCUCAAAUGCAUCCAGUGCAUGAUAUUAUACACCACGCUGAACGAAAAAUUGAAAAGAAAGAUCGCGCAAAAAUGCCAGACGCAACAGAAGUUGCAGUCACAGAAAAUAAGGAUAUACCUGACUUUAAACCUACUUUACCUGAUGUAUUCAUUAAUAAACAAGAUAUCAAACUUCCAGAUGGCUAUGUAGCAGUUUUGAAGAAAGACGAAAAUGAUUUCUAUGAAGAAUAUUACAAUGACGAGAAUCUAUAUGACGAUUAUAUGCAAAGCAAUACAAUGACCAGUUAUUUAAUAGAAAAAGUUCAAGAGCUACACGAUUGGAUAGUUUCAGAUCCUGACUUUGAAGUUGCUGGUAAUUAUUCAAAGAAAAUUAAGACUGGUAAUGAUUUUGGACAACUUUUAAAAGCUCUGAACGAGAGUUUAAUAGAAGGGAAUGUAAGCAUAGUGAUGAAUAAACUGAAGGACAUAUACUUUGGUGAUAAUUACACUAGUACGAAUCAUAGUAGGAAGAUUAUUUCGAGCAACAGCACGGAUUUGCUCUCGUUUGGGAUUCUGACGCUGGAUGUGAUGCUGCUGCAUAAUAUUCAAUUGAUGGCGUGGGAGAAUCAGGAAGGAGUCCGAAAUAAGAUGCUAAAGGACCCGGAUGUGUUUGCGUUCAACGCACUGUUCCUGGACCCCAGCAAAGUGGAGUCCAAGCAGAAUGAGAUCUACAACACUGCCGCAUUUUCAAAACGGCAGAAUCUUCGGCAAGAAAGCGUGGACGAGUUCGACAUCGGCAAGAAUUUGCUGGAAAACGUUCUGGAGGUCGGCAUGAGCACGGCCCGUGCCGCCAUUCAUCUUGGACGAGCAUAUAAGAACACCAAAAUGGUCCUCAGCCAGAUAUCCAACCGCGAGGCCCUGAACACCAACAUUCAGCAGCAACUCUCCAGAGACAUCGAUGGCAAUACGCAUGCGCUAAAUCAUCUAAGCAGUCAGCAGGCGACGCAAACGAGCGCUCACGGCACGUAUACAGAGCUAGACUGCGUGUGGCUGUUGUAUUGCAGAAACUUGGCCGCCACGGCCAAGCUCAACGCGCCUCUUGCCACCAUGGCCAGGAUAAACGGGAUCGCGCUCCGUAUGCUGACGGGCGAGCUGCCAGCAGACAAGGCGUUGGAUACGAUGGUGUACGAAGCGCUCACUGGCUGGACAGAACUGCGAUGUAACGACAUGUUCCCAAGGUGCAGCAACGUAAAUCCAGCGACCGUUGUAUUAGACAGCAUUUUGCAGCCAAUGAGAAAAUCGCAAGCCAACAGAGUGUAGUAAUAGGUAUAUUAAAUAUUUACCAUAAUUUGUACAAGUUAUAUUUUAAAGCAAAGUUCAGAAACUGCCUUGAGUUGUCAGAUAUGACACUUAUAGACUGGUUGCAUAUAAAUAGGUACUGUUUAAAUUUAUUUAUAACGACGAAGUACAAGUACGUAUUGUCUUUCUUACCAAUUAUCUUAUCAUAUACUAUUGUACUAUUAGAUGUAUAAGAAUCGUGCUCAAAUUAUAUGUAAGAUUUAUAUUUAAGUAUAUAGAAAUUGGACUAUUAUUCACUUAAAGAAUAUGGGAAUAGUGUCUAAUUUCGCUAACAUACUUAAAAAAUAAAUGGAAUAAAAAUAUCUGUUGUAAAUUGUUACAAAAGCAUUUAGGUACAUGUUAUAUAUUUUUAACUAAAUAUAUUAUAGUUAUUUCUUUAAGAUUUGACUGUUGUAAAGAGGCUUAUUUUUUAAUAGUUUAAGCAAAAUUUUCUGACCGCAGACUUUUAUCUUAUAAAAGUCCCAGUGAAUUAAAACAUGUUAUUUACUUAAACAAAUCAGCUUCAUAUUCAGCCAGUAAGUAGCUGACCAUAAUAUAUUUUUUUAUAAAUUAAUCGACAAUCGGCCCUAGUCACAUCUGAUGGAAAGCGAAGACAGAGUUUAAGACAGUAGGGCUAAUCUAAUGUGGUCGGCUCUUUAUCAUUUGUCACCAUGCCUGUCACGUUCUAACAAGUAUGUAAGUGCGAAAGUGAUGGGCAUAGUGACAAGCGAUACAAAUGGAACCAUGCUGCCAACACUGGUUAAGUAAUAGCCUAUUCAUUCUUGCUUUAAAGAUACCAAAGUCAUAUUUCUCAAGGAAUACAGAAGGCGGGAGCGCAUUCCAUUAAUUUGCCGUAAAAUAAGAAGCAAAUCGUACAAUUCUUACACAACCGUCUCCGUUUAACGGUAAAUCUAUGGAGUACCUAGACUUACACUUAAUUUUACUAAAAAGACACCGCCGUAUAUGAGGCCGUUUAGAUAUUUUUUGCAAAUAUUUUUUGGCACAAGCUUUUAUCGCGGAAUGUACUUUUCUUUCUACAAGCCAAGCAACUAAUACUCCUUAAGACAACACCAAACACAAUUAGUUUACGGUGUUUCUGUCUCCAUCAUCAGAUCAGCUCCAUCAUAAUAUUGCAUUUUCAUCGCAAAAUUUCGGGAAGUGGGUCAAAUAUAUCUUCCAAGAUUUGACCCACACUAACUAACUACAUACUAACAUCUUAAUCUUAAAUAAAAUAAAAUAAAAAACUUAAAUAAAAGUUAAGAGUGUGACACAGGAGAGGCCAGCUGUUUAGGCGGAGAUAUUUUUGAAGAAAUCCUUUAAAGUUAACAUUAAAAUUAAUAAUAUUUGUCGUAUCUUCGACCAUACUAUAUUUACGU